ACUCCGCAAGAAAACACUGAAAAUUGCUCGUAGCGUCGUAAAAGCUCACAUAUUUCCUUGGCUGUGACUCAAAGAAAAUGAAGGAGAAAGGUUCGAUACUUGGAUUCACCCCCACAUCAUUUAUCAAUGACAAGUCGGAAGGAAUCGAUCUUCUGGGAUUUUUGAAGUAUACAACAAAACUAACUGGGCUUGACUGUACGGCUUGUGCGGCUGCGAAAAAUGGAAAUGGGUCAAAAAUUUGCGGAUUUUUGGCAAGACUUUUCUCAAUUGUCGUGAUACUUUCCAUGCUCUACCGAGCAAUUACAUUUCUUGGUGAAGAAGGAAAACUGCUAACAUUCAAUUGGUCCGAAUCCAAUUCGUUCGGUUUCAUGGGCCUUCACGCGUUUGUCUGCAGUCUGUGUGUUAUGGGUUGGACUGCCAAUGCUCGUUUUCCAAACCACAUUAAGCGGCUGAAUGAAGUACGAGUGCUCCGUGUUGAGCCAAAUGAAGAAAUCGAUGAUUAUAGUGGAUUCAGAAAGAAAGCCUUCUUUUUCUCGUUACCAUGGUUGGCGACACUUGUUUCUACUGCUCUGUUCAAUGCUCUCCAAGAAAAGAUCUUAUUCUCUGGAGCUGUGGUACCUGCUUACAAGUACUCUUUGUUCCCGGCUCUUGCAUUCAUCGUCUGGAUGACCACCUCGACAUGUCUUGCUUUUUAUGCCCUCUUCCAGUUUUCUAUGGUCCGCGAGACUGAGUAUUUCAACAAGGAAUUGCAAAAGGCCAGCGAGGAUAAGAAGCUUAAGGAUCCCACUGUAAUUGCUGACUUCAGUUACCGCCAGAGAGAACUUUUGAAGCUGGUUAAUGAAACAAACGAAUUCCUUCAAAGCUACGCAAAAGUCGCACCACUUUUCUGCUUCUUCUCCAUCAUCAAUGCCAUCUUCAACCUCAGCUUCUUUUCCUUUGUCCCCGUUCCAUACGCUAUUAUGUUGGUUUUCCUGUUGGCGUGCAUCAUCGGAAUGAUCAUUCUCUCUUUGCUACCAGCUGCCAAAGUUCAAGAUCAAAUUGUUGCAACAUCAAAAAUUUUGAUGGAAAGCGAAGACUUUGAAAAUGCGGAAAAUCAGAAAGUAUACCAAACAUAUAGGCUCAUGGUGGACCGCUCGCUAAAGUCUGAAACGAGAAUCUUUGUUGUGAACGCAUUUGGAAUCAACUCCAACAACUUAAACAUUGCCAUGUUCGUCAUUCCUAACUUGGGUCCACUCUUGAUGAUGCUCGAAAAGUUGAUCGAUUCGAAUGGAUACAGCUCAUCACACUGAUCUUUUUUGUAAAAACAUUUAUUCAAUUUGUCAUAAUACAAUUGGAAAAACAUACAAUAAAGCUUUAAA